ACUAGUGGCAGUUCAAGUCCGCCCUUGGCGCGAGCCUGACGCUGAUUGACAGCCGGCCCAGGGUACACCACGUUUGUUACACCAGUAUAUAUAGUUUACCAUCUAUAUACACACACCAGAGAGAUACUCGAGUAUUUUGUUGGCCCGUUUUUUUUUUACUCUUUCAUUUUUUCUUUUUAUCCUACCACUUUUUAUUCCUCUGUCUGUGUUCAUCUCUCUCACUGUCUUUUCCACCAUCCUUUUCAUUUCACCGUCUCCAACUUUAUCGCAGUGCCACAGUGUGUGUGUUUCCGUCCGAUCGGAAAGAAGUUCAAGUGUUCUCGUUAGCUCUGCCAAGAAAGAAAAGAACGGGGCAAUCGAACCAACGUGUGUGUGUUUGCGAGAAAAAAAAAAUUCAUUUUCGGACGACAUUUUUCUGUUUUUCAUUAGCCCUGAGCAAUCGGCCAUUGUCUCGAGGAAAAGUGUUUUUCAAAGAGAAAAAGUGGGUUCAUCAAUUUGAUCAAAGUGCAUCGUUUUUCAUCAUCGUCUUCAUUCUCAUUUCGGCCGGCGUUUUUUGGCGACCACGAGGCGCAGACACAUUUGAAUCGCUAAUUUAUUCAACUGUCGCCAUUUGUUUUCCGGUGGUUCGACCUCGUUGCGAAAUCGACUGGGCCUGUUGUUCGAAAAAAAAAAAAAGUGCAAAGUUUUUUUUUUUUUGGUUUCAUUCGACCUUGGUCGUCAAGAGCGACUUGUUGCCCGUGCGGAUUAUAACCAUCCCCCCAGUCUUUUUCGUCUCCCUUCCCCUAUAAAAAGCGCGGGGAAAAGAGAACUCGAGAAGCGCCAAAACAAAAAAAAAAAGGGGAAAUUUAAAUAUUUUUCUCUGCGAGUCAUUUGAGAAAAGUAAAUGCAAAUAUUCAUCAUUUCGAUUUUCCAAGCAAAAUUGAAAAAUAUUUCCAACUGUUGAGAAGCAAGAGAAAAAGCCAAGUUUUGCCGACGGCUUUUUUUUUGGCUUCUCAGAAGACCCUGUGUGUAAGUGUUUUGUGUGUUCGUGCCAACAUCACGUUUUCCCUAUCAAAGAAAUAGAUCCUUCCGGAUUUGUUUCUCUAGCCCGGGCCUGAAGAGAGGAAAAUCUAUUGUGCGUGUUUGGUUAUCGUUGUUCACAAAAUACCUUUCGAAGAAUUCAAGUUUCUCGGCCGUUUGUGCGUCGAUUCCGUCGGCAUAACCCGCCGAAAGUCGAUUGACAGAACGAACCAAAGUCUGUUUUAUUGUGUGUGAGUGUGUGUGUGUGUCGGUGUGUGUCUGUGUGGAAGGAUCGCAUAGUGGGGGAAAGGCAAACGGUGGUAGCGAUCCACCAUAGAUCGACGUCGAGUCGAAGACGGUUGGGGGGCCGCGGCGGCCGCUCAGCCGACCCCGCCACUAUCGCCGUUCUCGUCCGUCGGCGGCGGAACGUCUUCCCAGUCGAUUUUUGCCCACUCUUCGUCUCACCCGACGGCCGCUCAUCACAACGGCGGUGCUCUGGUAGCCUGCACUCCGGCUCCUUCACCACUUCAACCUCAUCAGCUCAAAGUCGAGCGUUUCACAUCAUCGUCGGACCAUUACGGUCAACAAACCAACACAUUCAUGGCUCAACCCAGAUAUGACGAGAGUUUAGCGGCUCAUUACGGCGGCAUGGAGAUGUAUGGCGACCCGCACGCGGCUCACAGGUCGGCGUUGGCCAACUCUCAUUCACACCACUCGGUGUCGGUGUCGCCGGCAUCGGCGGCGGCAGCUGCGGCCGCCGCUCACCUCAACAGCCACGGUGCGGCGGCGGCGGCGGCGGCAGCCGCGGCGAUGCAUCACAGUGCGGCGGCAGCGGCGGCCGCUGCCCAGCAGCACUCACAGUCGCCCUAUCACAGUCUGGGCAAUCACGUUUCGGCGCAGCAAGUCGCGGCCAAUCACAUGUCCUCCGCGUCGGCCAGCUCCUCCGUGCCCGACGUGCACAAACGCGACAAAGACGCCAUCUACGGGCAUCCGCUUUUCCCUUUAUUGGCGCUCAUUUUUGAAAAAUGCGAACUGGCGACGUGCACGCCGCGUGAGCCGGGCGUGGCCGGCGGAGAUGUCUGCUCAUCCGAGUCUUUCAACGAGGACAUUGCCGUCUUCUCCAAACAGAUUCGUCAAGAGAAGCCGUACUACAUUGCCGAUCCAGAAGUCGACUCCCUGAUGGUGCAGGCCAUUCAAGUACUUCGGUUCCACCUCCUCGAAUUGGAAAAGGUUCACGAGCUCUGCGACAACUUCUGCCAUCGUUACAUCAGCUGUCUGAAGGGCAAGAUGCCCAUCGACUUGGUGAUCGACGAGCGGGACGGCACCAGCAAACCCGACCUGGGCGAUACCAACAACAACUCGGGCGCUCAUCACGCCCGCGCCUCCACCGCCGACACGAGCCACACGGACGGAUCCAGCACACCGGACGUGCGCCCUCCUUCGUCGUCACUGUCGUAUUCAGGACCUGGUAAUGACGACACGCGGUCGCCUGGCUCAGUCGGAGGCACUCCCGGACCUUUGAGCGCCGCCCCGCCCCUCUCACAGCAGAGCGUCGACAACGUCAGCGAAGCAGGCAAACAGUGGAACCAGUGGACGAGACGGGAAGAACGGACGCGGUGCUAUUCAGGUGACGCCAGUAACGCCAGCAUCGGCAGCGGUGACGGCACGGGCGAAGAUGACGACGAUUCCAAUAGUAAGAAGAACCAAAAGAAACGUGGCAUCUUCCCGAAAGUGGCCACCAACAUCCUCAGGGCGUGGCUCUUCCAGCAUUUAACACAUCCGUACCCGUCUGAAGACCAGAAGAAACAGCUGGCCCAAGACACGGGCCUGACCAUUCUUCAAGUCAACAACUGGUUCAUCAACGCCCGGCGUAGAAUCGUUCAACCCAUGAUCGACCAGUCGAAUCGUGCCGUGGCUUUAUAUCCGGCUGGCCCUAGCGGUGCUUACAGUCCUGAUGGCGGUGGCAUGGGCUACAUGAUGGACGGCGGAGCAGCAGCAGCGGCAGCCAUGAUGCAUCGACCGCCGGCCGAUCCUAUGGCCUUCCACUCCGAGUAUCACUACCCGCCACAGUACUACGGCCAUCAUCUCUGAAGAAGGAAAAAAAUAAAUAAAUAAUAAUAAGAGGCCAAUCAUCAAAGUGGACAAUUUAGGAAGAAAAAAAAAUAAUAAUUCAACGACAAACAAAAAAAAAAUUUGAAACAAAAAGGAAAAACUUAAAAAAAAAAAAUGAUUAUUAUAAUUCAAAAGAAGAAAAACUCGUUGCUGCUGCAUGCGUGUAUUAUCUCCCGCGUCCCUUUUUCUCUUUCUCUAGUGUGUCUUUUUUAUUUUUUGCGAAUUUUCUUGUUUGUUUUUUUUUGUUACUCCCCCUUCCCUUCUUUUUAUGGAACUCUUUUUUUUUUUUUUACGAUUGAAAUUGACACAAACAAACAAAAAUGCCGAACGUUUUCCGAAUGUCCGUUUUCUUUCCCGCUACUCGAAGAGGGGGAAAACGAAGAAUCAAGAAAAAAGCAGCAAAACAAGAGAAGAAAAUGCAAAAUGCAAGAAACAAAAAAACAAAACCAACACACACCACAAAUUAUAUAAAUAUACAUAAAUGUAUCAUAAUGUCGCGUCGCUAUCAAACAUCACACGUCGUUUACUACGCCACACGCAAAACAUCUUCUCCCUCUCAACCGGAAAUCGACCGCACACAUCACGAAAUUCGUCAGGAACGACACCUCUCCCGCCACACACUCAUCAAGAUCAUCCCGCGGACUCCCUUCCUCCUCCUCCUACCCCCUCCCGGUGGACAGCUCAAAAAACCUCGUACACACGUCAAUUCGAUUCGAAUCACACGGACGGGCGCGACUCCGCCAUUCUUGCGUCAACAGCGUCGACCGGAUGUUUCUCUCUGUUCCUGCUCCAUUUUUUUUUUAAGUAACACACGCAAAAAAAAAAAAAAAAAUGGGAAAAUUUAAAUUCACGCGGCAAGAUUUGGCUGAAACUUUGAAUGCGUAAGGAAAGGAGGGAAAUAGGACAAAUACUUUAGCAUCACCAAUCAUCACUCAUCAAACAAUUUUUGUGUUUUGUUUUUUUUUUUUUUUGGAACAUUUCGUCAGUGUUUGUUAUUGUGUUUCGUUGCGUGUGUGUGUGUGUGUGUGUGUGCACGCGUCUGGCGUGCCGCUUCGUUCCGACAAGAAGAAAAGAAAUGGGACGAACAAUGAAAACCGAAAAACAACACCUGCACUUAAUUUUCGUGUGCAACAUCAAGAUAUGAAGAAAAACAAAUAAAUAAUAAUAAUAAACAAUUGGAAAGAAAGACGAAGAUUUUUCAUGUUAGAGCAAAACAAAAAAGAAUCAACGCGGACCAUGUCGUGUGUGUGCGCAGUGUCUGUGAUUUCAACGGCCGAGGAAAUUCCAUUCCGAGGAGAAUUGUCAUCCCGAAUAUCCUCUGAAUUAUUUCCUCGUUGUAUUUUUUUAUUAUUUUUUUGAAACAAAUGUCUCGACGAGAAUCAACACCGAGGACAAAAAAAAGAAUCGCAACAAAAAUAAGAAGAAGAAAUAAAAAGUUGUUGGUAAAAACAAAACAAAAAACAACUCAACCACAUCUUCGGGAGUAGCCAAUGCCGGGAUGCGUGCAGGAAGAUUGACCCUUCCUGUUCGUGGCGAUAUCCCACCACACCUCAUACGUAUACUGUACAAAGAAAAAAGAAAAAAAUCUUUUUUUUUUUUUUUUUUUCUUAUUACUUUGUUUUUUUUUUUGUUUUUUUUCGGCAUUAUUUGUGAGGGCAUUUUUUGUAAUCGUCUUCAUCAAUUUUCUUGACUGUAUUUUCGUUUUUUUUUUUUUUAAAUCAAAUCAAUUUCGCAGCAUUAUGUACUUUCCAUCUACUCACUCCCACCUCCCCAUCAAAUAGCUGAUUGUGUGUGAGCGUGUGUGACUGUCCUUUGAUAUCCUUCUCCCAAUUUAUUUUUGGAUUAUUAUUAUUCAUUUUUCUUAUCGAGGAGGAAGGCAACAACAAAAUAUUGGUCACCUUGUUUUGUUAUCCCACCCCCCAUCUCGCAAGCGUGUAUUAUCUCUCCCCCCAGUGGCCGGUGACACCAUGAUUUCUUUUAUGAUUUUUUGUCCCGUUAAAGAAAACAAGAAACGAGUUACCGCAUCCAAGACCAACAGUUAAAACACACACACACACACACAGCCCACAAUCAUAACGAACGACGUAAAAAGAUGAAAAGAGAUGUUGUUGAGCGUGCAAUACGUGGCCAAAAUUUCUUCACACACUCGAGAAAAUCCCGAAAGAUAUUACGUAAAGAGGGGAGGGAUUCUUUUUCUUUCUUUUUUUUUUUUUGCGAAUUAUGCGCGUCUAUACCGGUAUUGUCAACACAAAAAAAAAAAUUUUCGUUUUCCUCCCCCUGACUUCAGUUGUUUUUUUUUUCCCUCUCUUUUGUACACGCACGACAGUUAACUGUAUUAUUCAGACAGUAAAAAUUAAUUUAAAAAGACGCACGGAAACCCUCUUUGAAAAGAAAAGUUGAGAGACUUUUUUUUAAUUCCCGUUUUGCAAAACAAAAAAAAAAAAGGGGAAUUGACGAGAAAACAUUUCGUGUGUGUGUGUGUGUGUGUGUGAGUGUGUGUGUAUACGAUUUUGUCACGCUGCCGUCGCCCUCAUCCUCUUUUACAUUUAUUUGUGUAUCAUCGUUGGAAAAAAAAAAUAAUAAUUUUUUUUUUCUUGGUCGUCUGGUAUUAUUAAAUAUAAAUAUAAUAUUGACUUACACACACACACACACACACCCAUUUUCGCGACGGAAAAUUGUACAUGUAAUGUCAUCUUCUUCGUUUUUGUUUGUUUGUUCCCCCCUCCACUGUGUCCCUUUUUGUGCUACCCCCAAACCCAAAACCUCCUCCUUUUUUUUUUUUUUUUUAAAUGAAAAAAGAAAAAAAAAAAAAAAUUAACUAAUUAAUGAUGAAAUAAUUGUGUUGUGGUGCCAGCCAAUUUUUUUUUUCUGUUUCCCUAUUUCUUGUUUUAUUUGUAUUUUUUUUUUUUUUCAAUUUCAUUUUGCGUUUCAAGUUUUCUCCUCCCUCUGUUGGCGUCCAUUAUUAUUAUUAAUUAUUAUAAAAAAAACCAAAACACUGGAAAAGUACGUGCUGUGUGUGUUGGCAGAGUGUAUGUGCGCCGUGUUUCUCUCUUAUAUAGAAUCGAUUACAUUUAAAAAACACAAAA